CAGUUUGAAACUAAACCACAUAUAUAAAUCUUAAUAAAAGAUCUUGCGCCAGUUGGAUAAUAUACACGUAAGCCGCUGAAGUGUUUUUUCUACCGAAGGCAUCUCGCAAAAUACAAGAUGAACUACGUUAAAGUUUGUUGUUUCGCUUUCUGUUUAGUGCUCCUGUCAAUUUUUGUUAUAGCCCACGACACAGUUACCACCAACGCAAAUGACCCCGAUUGUGGAAAGGGACCCUGUGGAUGGGCUGUUUAUAACAGAUUUACUAGAAAUAUUGAUUUCUUUAUGGGAAAUAAGUGUUCCUGUAAGCCAGAACUGAACUGUACAAGGGACGAUGAUGACAUAUCUAUAACCGCCUACGUUUACAGAUGUAAAGAUUUAAGCAAGAUACCGACGACUUCAUGAGAAAGAUCGGCUGUUCCUAUUGAGAAUGACUUCCCUAGUCUGGACACCAUUUCGCAAACAAAAAAUCCUAAAAGCUCGACGCUGAUCGGGCAGAAUUGAAAAAUCAGAGUACGACCGGCCCUUAAAAAAAAAUUGACGACGUACUUUUAACUAGGGAACUACUGUCGAACAGUAUUUGUAUAAAAUUAUGGAUGUGCAAGACGACUUAAAAAUUACUUUAGACUUCACUUAACUAGUUAAGAUUGAGCUAGAUGACUACCACUGUAACUCGAACAAUUUUCAUCUUGUCCAAGUUGGCAACAUUGAAAUUUCUCCAAGGAAUCUUUAAAUAUUGUACUUAUGGUAUGAACUCGUAGCAAAAUUGAUCUUAGCAUGUUUUCUAGCCCAUUUGAAAAUGAUUGAUUUGUGUUGUUGAAUGGGAUUUUAUUGUAUUUUGUGUUGUAAUUUUGUUUCACUUUAUUUGUUGGUUUCGAGUGGCCUUCAUUACAAAUAUGUUUCGAAUUCAUCUUAUAUUAUUCACUGUUCAUUAUUCCAUCUUUUAUAUUCAUAUUUAUUAAAGUGUAUGUUAGUGUUAUCUUAAAGCAGUAUUUUAAUGUAAGCUAUAAAUUAAUAAAGGAUGAAAAAUUUUACAGUUA